AUGGGGCGCUGGGCGCUGCUGCCCAGCUGGGUUUCUCCUGCGCUGCUACUGGCGCUGGCCGCCCUGCCCGCAGCUCUGGCGGCCAACAGCAGCGGCCGAUGGUGGGGCAUCGUAAACGUCGCUUCCUCCACGAACCUGCUAACUGACUCCAAGAGCCUGCAGCUGGUGCUGGAGCCCAGUCUGCAGCUCCUGAGCCGCAAACAGCGGCGCCUGAUCCGGCAGAACCCAGGCAUCCUGCACAGCGUGAGCGGGGGGCUGCAGAGCGCCGUGCGCGAGUGCAAGUGGCAAUUCCGGAACCGCCGCUGGAACUGCCCCACCGCGCCGGGGCCCCACCUCUUCGGCAAGAUCGUCAACCGAGGCUGCCGGGAAACAGCUUUUAUCUUCGCCAUCACCUCCGCGGGGGUCACCCACUCGGUGGCGCGCUCCUGCUCCGAGGGUUCCAUCGAGUCUUGCACGUGCGACUAUCGGCGGCGCGGCCCCGGGGGCCCCGACUGGCACUGGGGGGGCUGCAGCGACAACAUCGACUUCGGCCGCCUCUUUGGCAGGGAAUUCGUGGACUCCGGGGAGAAGGGGCGGGACCUGCGCUUUCUCAUGAACCUGCACAACAACGAGGCGGGCCGCACGACCGUCUUCUCCGAGAUGCGCCAGGAGUGCAAGUGCCACGGCAUGUCGGGCUCGUGCACCGUGCGCACGUGCUGGAUGCGGCUGCCCACGCUGCGCGCCGUGGGCGAUGUGCUGCGCGACCGCUUCGACGGCGCCUCGCGCGUCCUCUACGGCAACCGCGGUAGCAACCGCGCUUCGCGGGCGGAGCUGCUGCGCCUGGAGCCCGAGGACCCGGCGCACAAGCCGCCCUCCCCGCACGACCUGGUUUACUUUGAGAAAUCGCCCAACUUCUGCACGUACAGCGGACGCCUGGGCACCGCGGGCACCACGGGGCGAGCCUGCAACAGCUCGUCGCCGGCUCUGGACGGCUGCGAGCUGCUGUGCUGCGGUCGGGGCCACCGCACGCGCACGCAGCGCGUCACCGAGCGCUGCAAUUGCACCUUCCACUGGUGCUGUCAUGUCAGCUGCCGCAACUGCACACAUACGCGCGUGCUGCACGAGUGUCUGUGA